AUGGCAUCGGCAACACCGAAAUCUGAGAGCACCUCUACCCCGCCUACAUUCUCAUACGCCAUGGCCGCAAAAGGUCGCGCAACUUCAACUGCAAACUCAGCCAUGCAGUCAAGCCAGGCAUCGGCUUCUGGUGUCAGCACACCUGCCAAAGAAUCGAAUUCCGUAUCGAAUACACCCUCAGCGUCGGUCACUGGGGCAGCGGGAUCUGAAAACGGCGAUAGAAAUAUUAAUGGUGCCACGGAAGCUCUGGGAAAAAGUGAUCCGCUUGGAGUUGGAUUAAACACGGAUGCGAAACUAACAUCGCAAGUAAGCACGGGUUCUAUUUCCGAUUCACCAAAUGUGAAUGCUGCGCCAAGUGCAACGAUACCAAAGGAGGAGGAGCUCGCUUUGAAUGGAACUGCGGAUGCGUCUGAACAAGGGUGGGAGAGAGCCGGACGAAAUAGAGAAGAUAAGCCCUCUAUGGAGGCGAGUGAGGGGAGAAAACCUAAGAAGUCCAAGAAGCAAAAGAAGGACGACAAGGAGGCAGAAAAGGAGAAGGAGAAAGAGAAAGAAAAGGACGAAGUGAAAGUACCAGACGUUCCCCUGGUUCCAGCUCCACCUCCAGCCGUAAACUUCUGGGAGCAGCGCAAAGAGGCACAGGCUGCAAAGACAAAGUCGAGUCCUUCAAUACCUCAAACAGCAAGCGCAUUCGGCGAAAUCUCUACCUCCAAUUCUACUGCAAAAGGUUUCGACCCUAGACGGAAGGGAAAGAGCUCUGUUGAAGAUGAGAAGCCACCACAGGUCGGCAAGGACAAUGCCUUGAACAAGGGUCAAAAGAAAGGUCUAGAUGGUCUGAUCAAGGGGAAAGAGGAUCCAAAUAAGCGACCCGCAAGGGGCAGUAGGGCCGGCGAGGAAAAGGACAAAAGUGCUUCUGGUCCAUUACCUCCUCCAGUUGAGGAUUCUAUGGCGUGGCCAACACCAGAAACGGCGCUUGAAGAAGAGAAGCGUAAGAUCCAAGAGGAAGAUAAAGUCAAGAAGGACGAGAAGGAAGAGAAUCCCUCAAACAAGCCAAGGACGAAGGAGAAGUGGGUCCCAGUGCCCUACACUCCAUCAGUCACAUUCAAUACUCCAUUACCAGUUCGAGGCGGACGAGGACGGGGUGGUGCUCGUGUAGGACGUGAGGGGGGGCGUACUAGUCAUGUGGCAAAUGGUGUUACUGGAGAAAAAUUGAUAGGAGGUGCUGCUAAGCCUGCCGAGUCUGGCGAGAUAGCUGAAAAGCGCGGAGUCCGAUCAUCGUCUCUUCCGCCAAACUCCUCUAGGAGACCAGCAAACGAGGAAGAUGCCAGUCGUGACCCACGCAAGCAUAUGACCACCUCGAAUGCAGAGAAAGCAAAGGCGGGUGCUAGUAAGAAUGAACCUGUAUCGCCGACUGAUACUGGAAGAACUCCUAUCGCUACCCAGACGGACAAAGAUAGCCAGACCGCUCAGAAAGGACAUGGUGUUAGCGAAGGACAGUUUCCAACUAAAUCUGGCUUUGGUGACCGCAGAAACGAUGGUUCUGGAAGCUCUGACUUCAAAAACGGAAGCAAGGAUCAGAGAGCUGAGGGUCGGGCGGAACGAGGCCGCGGAGGAUAUCGCGGUCGAGGCACUCACAAUGCUUUCCCUAACGGUCAGCAUGUUUUCGCCAAUGGCCACAAUACCAUCCCACCUUAUCAAGGACGUCAGAAUUCGACACCCUACAGCCCCCCUCCUCAAGGGCCAUUCAGCCACCAAUACAGCCAAGCUCCUCCCCGCACUCGUGGAAGCUCGAGAUCACAAUCCAUACCAAACGUCGCUGUGUACCCAAGAGGUGGCUAUGCCAAUGGCAAUCAACAAAUGGCACCUUUACAGACUAUGUAUGACUAUGUACCAAUGCAAGCCAUGAGCGCUUUACCAUACACCUCUUUCACAGACUCCCAGUCUGUGACCCUUUUGUCAAUGGUCAAGAUGCAAUUGGAAUAUUACUUUUCGAUUGACAAUUUGUGCAAAGAUGUUUACUUAAGGAAGCACAUGGACUCGCAAGGAUUUGUAUUCUUACACUUUGUGGCUGAGUUCAAACGAAUUCAGUCUCUUACACGAGACAUUGAUAUGUUAAGAUACGCGUGCCAACAAUCCACUGAAAUUGAGAUUGUUAAGGGUGAGGAUGGUGUUGAUAGAAUACGAAGACGUGAUGGUUGGGAUCAAUGGGUGAUGCCAUCUGAGGAGAGAGAAGAGUCAAUGAAACAUAAUGAUGGGCCAGCUACCCUAAUUCGUGAUAACCAUGGACCACCAAGCCAUAUGGGUCAAAUCAUGAUGCCAGGUCAAGAGAUGGGCUCACCAGCCUUCAGUUCCGGUGGACAUGACUUUAUGAGAUUUGGGAAUGGAGCCGACCAAGCACCUUUAGCUAAUGGUAAUGGCAACCACUAUCACGAAGACACACCGCUAUCAGCUGCCGUACCUAACUUCACUCCUGGUCUGUUGCCGUUAAAUGGAAAUACAGUUCCAUCGCCUGACCCUUUAGCGUCAGAAACCACAUUUACUGAUGAACAGGUUGAGAACUUGAAUUUGGUGUUUUCACAAGCUUCUCGCAAGACUAGUGACCAAAAGCCUGUCAAGCACCCAUACCACCACUCAUCAUCAAGAACCUUCUCCAAUGGGUCAAUUGACGGUAGGUCAAUAAACGAGGAAUUGUAUGAAGAGCGUCAAGGUCGACCUUUGGUCAAUGGGUCCCACUUACAAGAGAGCUCUACAGAAGAUGAUCGACGGACACUUUCUCCCCAUUCAAGCUACAGCAAUGCCCCGACAGUCAUGUGGGUUAAGGAUCAAAGACGACAAGCAGCAAUCUCCGAAUCUAAUACCACCGAGAAAUAUACCACCUUCCGUGAAAGGGCAAUUAGAGUCCGAGAAACCACUCAGCCUGGUGAAACUCACACUGACAUGAAGUUACUUUACGAGUUCUGGGCGCACUUUCUGUGCAGGAAUUUCAACCCAGGCAUGUACUACGAAUUCCGCAGAUUGGCUCUUGAGGACAACAACAACAACGCAUCUACAGGAAUGGAACAACUGAUCCUUUAUUACGACGAAACGCUCAACAAUAAGAAGAAGACUAUCAACGAGGUCCUAGCCGGACACUAUGUAGAUGUUGUUAAGGGUGAUGAUUCGCCGACUCAACGAUCUGCAUUCUCAAAACUUCGUACUUCUUUGCGAAAUGGUGCGCUUGAUUUGAAGAGUCGAAAAAAGAUUGACAACCUACUCGAUGCUCACUUGAAGGCAUUACUUGAGCAGUAA